AUGCACAUCGAGACGUUAUGAAAAUACUGAUGUUUUUACGUUAAUAUAAACCAUUUCAAUAGUACAGCGCACAAACUGUUAUCGUCAACUUGCUAUCGCAUCGAAUCUUUUCAAACGGAUUCUGAUCAAGAUGUUUCGACUAUUUAAAAAGGUCACUUUGGAUUCGAAAAGUCUUAACAAACUGAUUGAUUUAAAUACAAGAUGUCUUGCAACGCAAGCAGUAGCAAAAUCAGCAGCAGUGCCAAAAUCUAAAGCUGACAAAUCAUCGAAUUUAAAAUCUCAGUCAUUUACAAUGAACAUCUUUCGGGGUGAGCUGCAAGCUAAUCAAAUAUUUCCGUAUCCUGAAUGUUUAUCCGAAGAGCAGCAAGAAACUGUAAAAAUGAUGAUCGAUCCAGUAGAAACAUUUUUUAAUGAAGUAAAUGACCCAUUCAAAAACGAUGAAACUUCUUCAAUUGAUGAAAAAACUCAAAAAGCUCUUUGGGAACUAGGGGCUUUUGCCCUUCAAGUUUCGCAAACACAUGGUGGUCUUGGUCUCAAUAAUACUCAAUAUGCAAGAUUAGUGGAAAUUGUUGGUCACAAUGAUUUAGGUGUCAGUAUAACUUUAGGAGCUCAUCAAAGUAUAGGUUUCAAAGGUAUACUUUUAUUUGGUACUAAAGAACAGAAGGAAAAAUAUCUGCCAAGAGUUUGUAAUGGCGAAUUCGCUGCCUUCUGUCUUACGGAACCAAGCUGUGGAUCUGACGCAGGUGCAGUGCGUACAAAAGCACAAAAAUCGGCAGAUGGAUCACAUUAUAUUCUUAAUGGAAAUAAAAUAUGGAUUUCAAAUGGAGGAUUGGCUGAUAUUAUGACGGUUUUUGCAAAAUUACCAGUUACAGAUCCUAUCACUGGGGAAACCAAAGAUAAAGUGACAGCAUUCAUUGUAGAAAGAUCUUUUGGUGGUGUUACUAGUGGAAAACCAGAAAAUAAAAUGGGAAUUAAAUGUAGCAACACCACAGAAGUUUUUUAUGAAAAUGUCAAAGUUCCUGCCGAGAAUUUACUGGGAGAAGAAGGACAAGGAUUCAAAGUAGCUAUGCAAAUUUUGAACAACGGAAGAUUUGGAAUGUCAGCAUGUCUUUCUGGAACUAUGCAAUAUUGCAUUCAGAAAGCUACGGAACAUGCUAAGCAACGAGUACAAUUUGGUCGCACAAUCGACAGCUAUGGAACUAUUCAAGAAAAGUUAGCUCGGAUGUCUCUUUUACAAUACGUUUCGCAGUCCAUAGCUUACAUGGUCUCAGGUAAUAUGGAUUUAGGUAGUCAAGAUUAUCAUUUGGAAGCAGCUAUUUCAAAGAUUUUUGCUUCUGAAUCAGCUUGGUUUGUUUGCGACGAAGCUAUUCAAAUUCUCGGAGGAAUGGGAUACAUGAAAGGAACAGGACUUGAGAAAGUGUUACGUGAUCUUAGAAUAUUCAGGAUUUUUGAAGGAACAAAUGAUAUUUUACGUCUGUUUGUUGCUUUGACGGGAAUCCAGUAUGCUGGAAGUCAUUUAAAAGAAUUACAAGAUGCAUUCAAAAAUCCUACUGCCAAUUUGGGAUUGAUUGCUGAAGAAGUUUCAAAAAGAGCUUACAAAGCUAUAGGUAUGAAUUCAUUAAACAUGGCUCAGUUCGUUCAUCCAAAUCUUGCAGCAUCUGCGAACUUGUGUGCCAAAAGCAUUGAAAUGUUUGGAUCGACAAUUGAAUACGCCUUAGUCAAGUAUGGUAGGAAAAUAGUUGAUGAACAGUUUGUAUUAAAUAGGAUUGCGCAAGCAGCUAUCGAUACAUAUACAAUGGCUGUUGUUUUGAGUCGGGCAAGUUUCUCUGCUAAAAAAAAUAAUCCAUCGUCUGAGCAUGAAAUUUUGAUGGCUCAAACCUGGUGUAGCGAGGCUUCCAGUAGAGUGGCUUUUAAUUUGAAAACAGUUAAAGAUGCUAAAUCCUUAGAAAUCUUCUCUAAAUUGAGUAAAAUAUCAAAAAAUGUUUGCGAUGCCAAAGGAGUUCUUCAAAAAACUCCUCUUGGUUAUUGAUAGUUCAUAAAUUUAUACGAGUAUACUGUGAUAGUAUCAUAAUUACAACUCAUGUAUUAUAUUAUAACCUAAAUUGAUAUUAUAAUAUGGUCUGUUGUUAGGAACUGCAUAAAAAAUUUUACAGUAAUGAUAAAAGAAUAACUAUUUUGAUACAGAUUUUUAAAGUAUUUUUUAAUGAUGAAUAUUUUAUUAAAUACGGUGCAACAAUGCAAUCUACAUCUGAAUGGCGAUGAGUUUUAUGUAAAAUGAAUAAUUUAGAAUUUUAUAUUUGUAGAACAAAUUACAAUCCAAAUUAGAUAAAUAAUUAGAAUUAUAUCAUUAAUGCUAGUACAUCGAGGUUCGAUACGAAUAAAUAUGAUAAACUUCAAACUGGUAAAAAUACAUUAAUCAUAAAUAUUUUGGAAUUUUGUAAAUUUAUAUCCAAAUAUGUUAUUGUAAAAUAUUAUGAUUGUAUAAUUACACUACUAUACGUUGUAUAGUAAAGUAUAAAUACAUUAUUCG